GAGCCAUCGGUGCGCUGGAUUUGUCAGUUUUCUGUCUCUGACCACACGGGCACCCAGUACAUGAGCUCCUUUGACGACGUCGGGCAGGUGAUCAUGGGCUGCAAGGCUGAAGAAGUUGGCCGCCGUUGGGAUCGCCGUGAGGAAGACAGCGUCCAAAGAGAGCUAGAGCGCCUGUUCAACGCGGGGUUGCACAAGCGAUGGAGGAUCCGCGUCAAGUCCAGGAAGGAGUUCUGGAACGACGAGGAGAAGCUGAAGUUUACGGCGGUGGAGAUGACGCCGAUAGACCUUGUCCAG